UGGAUUUGUGUUUGUUUUCAGUGAUAUUCGGUUGUUUUAAUCGUUAUUUUUAGCUUCUUUGGGGGUUCUUAAAAUCCAGAAUCUACCUAAAAUGUGUUCACCAGCUGUUUUUAAGUGGAGUUUAAGUUUUUAGGGUUUAAAGUUCUGGUUUAAAGUAAAUUUAAUAGAUAAAUCAGUUAAAAAUGUCUGCAGUGAAUGAAGAGGGUCUUUCUCCAGAGGAGCUCAGGAAGAGGCUUUACCAGACCUUCAAAAACAAAGGACUUCUGGACACUUUAAAGACUCAGCUUCGGAACCAGCUGAUCCAGGAGCUGCAGAGUCCGGGUGAACCGGUUCCUCGGGGGCUCUCAGCUAAAGGGGAUUCAGUCUCAGUUCUGGCAUCCAACAGUCUGGUCAUCGAUCACCUGCACAGGUGUGGAUAUGAAUACACGCUGUCUGUGUUCUACCCAGAGUGCGGACUGAGCAAAGACAAGGUGUUUUCAACAAGAGAUCUUCUUCAGCUUUUAAAGAUCAGUCCACAAUCACCUCUCUACACGUCUGUGGUGUCAAAUGUCCAGAGUGGACAGAAAGGUCUGUUGAUGAAUCUUCUCUCUGAGUUGAUUGCACACCGCGCUCACCUGCAGCUCAGAGAUGCUGAUACUCAGACCUCCUCAACACCACCCGACUCCACACAGUCACUCGUGGAGAAGCUGCAGGUGGUCGAUGAGGAGUAUGAAGUUCUGAGGCAGAAGGGGAACCGCUGGGCAUCGGUGGAAGCGAAGCUCGCUGAGUUCAGGAAGGAGAUGGAGGAGCAGGCGCGGGCGGAGCUUAAAGCAAAGUUGCAGCACUUCCAGGAGGUGGAGGUGUCCCGGGUGCGGAUGGAGGAACAGGAGAGGAGUCGGAGAGAAGUCUCUGAGAUCAGACAUCGCCUGGAGAAGAACUACGAGCUGAAGGCUGAAGCGCUGAUGAGCCGAGAGAAGAAUGCUAUAGAGCGUCUGCAGAAACAGCAGGAGAUAGAGGAGAAGGAGGUGUAUGCUCAGCGUCAGGCUCUGCUGAAGGAAAUCGAGACCGUCCGCAACAGAGAGGCUGAACUGAGGCUCAGAACAGAGGCCUUUGAGAAGACCUGUAAACUUCAUGAGGAGAAAGUGAAGAGCACGGAGGAGCUCCUGAGGCGGAGGGAGCUCUCUGUAAAGACCCAGGAGGACACAUAUGACCAAAAGCUCAAUAACGAGCUCAAGAAAGUCCAGUUGGAGUUUAAGGAGGACUACGCCAGGAGGAACGAAGCAUUUAUCGAAAAUGAAAGGAGAAAUAAAGAGGAGACCGCGAGGCUCCAUAAAGAAGCCACCAUCCUUGACACAAAGAUGGAGGAACACGAACGAGCGUUGCGUGAACUGAAGCGUGUGCAGGUGGAGAUGGAGUCGUUGCGAGCACAAGGGGGCGCACUAACCCGUCAGAAUGCUCUUCUGCGAGAGCGUCUGGAUGGGAUGAGUGAUUACACGGCUAUACGGAGCGAGCGCCUGGAGCUGCAGGCUGAGGUUCAUCUGCUGAAGGAACAACUGGAGAAGAAACAGCAGGAGAACCAGAAACUCCGCCAAGAGCUGAGUACACCCUCUCACGAGCAGCUGGUCCUGCAGGCUGAGGUCCGGAGGCUGGAGACGGCUCGCAGACUGGACCAGGAGGAGUUCCAAACCCAGAGGGAGGUGUUCCAAUCCCAGCUCACGCAGGAGGUGGAGCGCUGUGCCCAGCUAAAGGCUCAGUUUCUGGAGUGUGAGGAGAGGACUAAGUGGAUGUCGGCAAACGCAGAAGAGAUCAAGCAGCAGCUCCGACUCACUCAGCUGGCUCUGGAGAACGAGGUGCUGAGGAACCCGAAGCCCUCGCUGGUCGACCGCUCUGUUCUCGAUCUGAACCCUGAUAAAGUGGUGCCUCCUGACGUGUAUGUGGACGGCGCUCUGCUGAAGGCCACUGUGGGUUAUGAUGAUGAGGAUGAGGAUGUGUGUGACCCAGGGCCGACCAUCAGGGGACGCAGGCGAGUACCGAGGCCCCGCAGCGGCUCCCUGGAGCCAGAAACGGAGGCGGUGGCCGAAGCCCUGGCACGAAUGCGAGAGCUGGAGAAGGAGGCGGAGACGCUGGAGGAGGCGUACCGGAGCUACCAGCAGAGGGCAGUGCGGGCACCGCUCGAACGAAACGCCACCGCGUACAUCCGGCCCACCGCCGCGGCUCAGCACAGAGUGACCUUCGACCUGAACGCACCAAAUCUGGGCCCGGUGUUCACGGCAAGAGAUCUGCACCAUAGAGACUUCCCUGAACCGACAUCACCCAGUGAGAGAGCGCCCCCUAGAGCACGCUCUCCUCCACCGAGACGCCUGUCCUCCACUCCAGUCUCCGCCUCCAAAACACGAGGACAGAGGACACACACUGACCAGGAAGUGCAUGUGGAAUCCUCCAGAGUGGGCGGGUCAGCAGUAACAUUUACAGGUUUGAGCUCAGAGCGGGACGUCUCUCCGAUUCCUGCUGCUGAAUACUCUCACAUCACCCCACCCAGCAGCCCCCAGAUGAAGAGCACAGCGCGGGACCACUGCAGUCCUCCAAAACUGCAGGAGAUCAUCUCCAGUUCAUCCCAGGAGUCUUCACCCAAACCUGAGAAAAUCAGCAUUCAGGACCUGACUCAGCCCGUAUCAGUUCUCUCUGCAGAUCUUCACUGCAGUUUAGCACAGCUUCAGGAUGGACGUGUGACGUCUCCUAACCUGCAGCCCAGCGAGAGAGAGAGGGUCAGCCCCCUGCCCAGCCCCUGGAGAGAGAACACCAGCGGUGUGACUCCAUCAAACUUGGCCAGUGAUGGAGAUAAAGUAAAGGAGGAGGAACAAGAGAGGAAACGAAGGGAGCAAGAAGAGGAAGAGGAGCGAAAAAGAAGACAGAAGGACAAAGAGGAGGAGGAACAAGAAAGGAGACAAAGGGAGAGAAAAGAGGAAGAGGAGCAAGAGAAGAGAAAAAGGGAGAGAGAGGAAGAGGAGCGAGAUGAGGAAGAGGAGCAAGAGAGGAGACAAAAGGAGCGAGAUGAGGAAGAGGAGCGAGACAUGAGAGAACUGGAGCAGGAGUUGGUAAAUCAGGCUGUGAGUGAGGGAGGAGUGAGAGGAGAGGGGAGUGAGAGAGGAGGAGUGAGAGGAGAGGGGAGUGAGAGAGGAGGAGUGAUGGAGCAGAAUAUUCCAGCUUUGCAGAACCAGAGUUCUACAGAUUCUCUCCAGAGAUACAUGAUGAUGGUGAUGGAGGGCCAAGAGAAGGAGCAGAGAGAACAGAUUUCUUUAAAAGAUGAUUCAGUAAAUCUGAGCCAGGAGGCGGCAGCUCUGUCUGAGAGCAAAGACGACAGCAUCGCUGCAUUCUCCCAUGAUGAGCCUGAUGAUGAUUUUUGGUGAAUGAUGAGACAUUACUCAACCUAUUUUUUUUCUCCAUUUGUGUGAAAUAGACUGACUGUGUGUGAUUUUAUAUUUAUUAGGUGAAGAGUGAUCAGUCCUGUUACAGCUUCUGUAUUUUAAUAAACAUGAAUUAUUAUUUUUUUU